UAAAUCGGCCUCUUUUCCACUAACUCCUAGGGAAGGACGCUUAUAUCAAAAUGGCAGCAAAUACCAACGGUAACCAUUAUGAAGAUUUGGACAAGAAUAUAGCUGAUUAUGAAAACAACACAUUCUUGUUCACAUCGGAAUCAGUUGGAGAAGGCCAUCCAGACAAACUCUGUGAUCAGAUCAGUGAUGCAGUCCUUGAUGCUCAUCUUGAGCAAGAUCCAAAUGCCAAGGUUGCAUGUGAAUGUGUAGCCAAAACUGGAAUGAUUCUUGUAUGUGGUGAAAUUACAUCCAAUGCCAAAGUUGAUUACCAAAAGGUUAUACGUGACACUAUCAAACGUAUUGGCUAUGAUGACUCUUCUAAAGGGUUUGAUUAUAAAACUUGUAAUGUUUUAUUGGCUGUUGAGGCUCAAAAUCCUGAAAUUGCUCAAGGAGUACAUAUUAAUAGAAGUGAGGAAGAUAUUGGUGCCGGAGACCAGGGUCUCAUGUUUGGUUAUGCUACAAAUGAAACUGAAGAGUGUAUGCCACUAACUGUAGUUCUUGCUCAUCAGCUCAAUGCUAAAGUUGCUGUAUUGAGGAGAAGCGGAGAUCUUUGGUGGGCUAGACCUGAUAGCAAAUCACAAGUGACUAUUCGGUAUAAAUCCGAAAAUGGAAUGACCAUACCCCUGUAUGUUCACAGCAUUGUGAUGUCUGUCCAACAUGACCAGAAUGUUUCUCUCGAACAACUAAGGCGAGAAUUGAAAGAAAAAGUCAUAAAUGCCGUUGUCCCUAGUAAAUACAUGGAUGAGAAAACUGUCAUACAUCUUAACUCAGCUGGGAAUUUCAUCUUGGGUGGACCUAUUGGUGAUGCAGGUUUGACAGGGCGUAAGAUAAUUGUUGAUACUUAUGGUGGAUGGGGUGCCCACGGAGGCGGAGCAUUUUCUGGAAAGGAUUUCUCCAAGGUUGACCGUUCGGCUGCCUAUGCUGCCCGUUGGGUAGCCAAAUCUUUGGUAAAAGCUGGCUUGUGUAAAAGGGUGCUUGUCCAGAUUUCCUAUGCCAUUGGAAUUGCUAGGCCACUAUCCAUCAGUGUUUUUAGUUACGGUACAUCUAAAAAAACUGAGAAAGAAUUGCUGGAUAUUGUCAAUGAGAAUUUUGAUCUGAGACCUGGCAAGAUCGUAAGAGAGCUCGACUUACGUCGUCCAGUCUACCAAAAGACGGCGUGUUAUGGGCACUUUGGAAGACCCGAGUUUCAAUGGGAAAUCCCAAAAAAGCUAAAGUAUUAAGUUGGAAGUGGUUUUAUUAUUCUAAACCUGGGUUUUGUUGGUUUUUUUUCUUUUUAUAUAUAUAUAUAUAUAUUCUUAAUCAUUGUUCCUCUUAAUUUUUGUUUGUGUAACCUUAAAUGAUACUGGCAGUUGUAAUCCACAGUGAAUGAAUAGGCAGACUUGUUCAUCAAUAGGACGCCUUUUUUUUUUUUUUUUUUUAAACUAUUUCAUUUUCCCUUUUUCUUUUAUUUCUAAUAUACAUGUAGAAAUUCUUAGAGUACAACACUUAUAAUUUAUUUAUUUGACUUCAGCUAAUUUGGUGUUUUGGCAACUAAUUUUCUGAAGUGUCUUUAUUUGAAUCGAAAUUAUUCAAUCAGGUAUAUUCAAGUUUGUUACUAUAACUGUAGUAUAGUGCUAAAUGGCUCUUGCACUCUAUUACAGUGCAAAACUUGGUACCUGCAUUUCAUGUAAGUUAGCUUAGAACUGCAUUUGGUAACUUUGUUACUAUAAUGUAUGUAUAUAGAUAUGGUGUCCAUUGAGUUCUUGUCUGGUUCUCUUUAUCUGCUGCAAAUGUGUCAUUAACUUCGGCUUCUUACAUGCACAUUUGUCUUGUGUUUAUGAAGAUUCAUUGGAAAAGAGCACUAGUUAUAAACACUCGGGAUUACAUCGAUACAGUGGACAGCAUUGCAAGGUAUUUAGUGAGUGAAGUUGCAGUGCUCUCCACUGGGAAUGCUGGUAUCGUUCAAAUUAGAAGCAAAUAUAGAAAUAUUUUUCUCUAAAAAUAUUUUUAAUAUUUUUGUGUUUGUCUGAAUGUGCUUUUCAUUGUAUUGCACUAUUUCAUUCCUCUAAUAAUACAUUAUUCAUGAACUUUCAUUUGUAGACUGAUUUAUGCGGGCAUGUGUGUAAAAGUUUUUUAUUCAUUCACAAAUGCAUUUUCUUCAAUUAAGACUUAUAAAGAUGAACUUAUGUGCUGAAUAUUAAAGAAUAUCCAUGCACACAUUUUCAUUAUGUUCUAAAUAUCAUCUCCUAUGUAACUGUCAUGGUUGUAAUGAAAAGUAGGGAGAGUGGUUCUGAUUAUAGAACAUUUGUAUAUAUUUUUAUUUUUUGGUCAUUUUAGGAACAUUGAUGUACAAGAGGAACAUUGAUUUUUUUUUAACAAAUAAAUUUUGACUUUUGAAGAGAAGCCUCAUUUUAAAACAACCUUUUGUAAUUCAUCUUUCUGCUGCCGGUUCUAUUUAUAAUUAUUUCUCAUUCUUUAUCUUGAGGAUUUAGAAUAUACUGUUUUAACAAGGACGUUUGUCAUUUUGAUUAUACAUUCCUCACUGGUGAUUUGCUUUUAUCCUAUUCAUCCCUUGGUCUAAUUUUUAAUGGUGGGAGAGGAAGUAUCUUUUUACAUCCUUAAAUUUCCUUUUUUUUUUUUUUUUUUUUUUUUUUUUUUUUUUGUUUUUUUUAAAUACAUAUCAAGUUCUUGACCUUGACAAUGUAUGCUGACGUGAUUUCAGACAAAUCGUUGAUGAAUUUCUACCUAUUUCAUUUUGCGAUUAUUCUAAAAUAUCCAGGUGUGAGAUUUUUUUUUUUUCAGAUAAACAAAUAAAACUAACUUCACCAGUA